UCUUUCCUUGUACUUGAGAAGGGUGUUUAGAUGAUUGUGAUCACGCUAAUUUGUCCUGGAGAGGAAGAGCUUUCCAAUCAUAUGACCGAGCAGGGAGGAUCCGAGUGGAGCGUGAAGCUGUACACAUAGCCAUCCGACUCGACCCUCAGCUCGGUGGCGAACAUCUGGAAGUUGUUCCCGAAGAAAGAGUGGCCGAGGACAAAGUCGUGGCGGGAGAACUUCAUCACGGCAAAGUCCAUCCGGCCCAUGUACCCGCCAUCGAUCUCGAACUCGAGCUUCGGAGCCACCAAGUUGCCGGCCGAGGCGGGACACGGCGCUCUCGGACACGAAGUUGUCGGAGCUGUUGCUGGCCACGAAGCUGACCGUGUGCCCGUUCACUCUCCCGCGCUGCCAUUUCCCGAAGUCGUCGUCGCCGGAGUACACCACAAAGUGGAGCUUCACGUCCUUCUUUGGAGCGCUCGGCGGCUGCUCCUCCUUCUUUGGAGUGGCAGCGUCAUCGCCAGCGGCGCACGGCUUGAAGCAGCGAAGUAUGAGAUUCUUGAAAUCCUCCCAGGUGGUGGUGGCGGCACCGUCCUGGUGGUGAAGAGCUCUCCACUUGGCGUGGGCGGGGCCUGUGAGAUAGUUUGCCGCAUAGAGAAUCUUGUGGCUGUCCUCGUGGAUGGCGACUGUGUUAAAGAAGCACUUGCUUUAAAAACAGGAUGAGAAAAUAAAUUACUUAUUUCACAA